UGUGUGCUGGGGGAAGCCGCGGAGCUAGUGGCGGCGGCUGUUGCUGUUGCGGGCGAAGGAGAGGGACGUUACCGGGAAGUUGCUGGCAGGCGGACUCUUCCCCAUCCCGCCACCGAACAGGUUGCAAACAUGUCUGACAAAAGUGAAUUAAAGGCAGAGUUGGAACGUAAGAAGCAGCGGUUGGCUCAAAUCAGAGAGGAAAAGAAGAGAAAAGAAGAAGAAAGAAAGAAAAAGGAAACUGAUCAGAAGAAGGAAGCAGCUGCUCCUGUGCAAGAAGAAUCAGAUCUUGAAAAAAAAAGAAGAGAAGCUGAAGCAUUGCUUCAAAGCAUGGGUCUAACUGCAGAAUCCCCCAUUGUCCCUCCUCCUAUGUCUCCAUCCUCCAAAUCUGUGAGCACACCAAGCGAAGCUGGGAGCCAGGACUCUGGAGAUGGCGCCGUGGGAUCUAGACGAGGACCUAUUAAACUUGGAAUGGCUAAAAUUACACAAGUUGACUUUCCUCCUCGUGAAAUUGUCACAUACACAAAGGAAACUCAGACUCCAGUAAUGGCUCAACCCAAAGAAGAUGAAGAAGAAGAUGAUGACGUGGUGACUCCUAAACCACCUAUUGAACCUGAGGAAGAGAAAACUUUAAAGAAAGAUGAAGAAAGUGAUAGUAAAGCUCCUCCUCAUGAGCUGACUGAAGAAGAAAAGCAGCAAAUCUUGCACUCUGAGGAAUUUUUAAGUUUCUUUGACCAUUCCACAAGAAUUGUAGAAAGAGCUCUUUCAGAGCAGAUUAACAUCUUCUUUGACUACAGUGGAAGAGAUUUGGAAGACAAAGAAGGAGAGAUUCAAGCAGGUGCUAAACUGUCAUUAAAUCGACAGUUUUUUGACGAACGUUGGUCAAAGCAUCGGGUUGUUAGUUGUUUGGAUUGGUCAUCUCAGUAUCCAGAAUUACUGGUGGCUUCCUAUAACAACAACGAAGAUGCUCCUCAUGAGCCUGAUGGUGUGGCCCUUGUAUGGAAUAUGAAAUACAAAAAAACGACUCCAGAGUAUGUGUUUCACUGCCAGUCAGCCGUUAUGUCUGCUACGUUUGCAAAAUUUCAUCCAAAUCUGGUUGUGGGUGGUACAUAUUCAGGCCAAAUUGUGCUGUGGGAUAACCGUAGCAAUAAAAGAACUCCAGUGCAAAGAACUCCACUGUCAGCUGCAGCACACACACAUCCUGUAUAUUGUGUAAAUGUUGUUGGAACACAGAAUGCUCACAAUCUGAUUAGUAUCUCUACUGAUGGAAAAAUUUGUUCGUGGAGUCUGGACAUGCUUUCCCAUCCACAGGAUAGCAUGGAAUUGGUUCAUAAACAGUCAAAGGCAGUUGCUGUGACAUCUAUGUCCUUCCCUGUUGGAGAUGUCAACAACUUCGUUGUUGGAAGUGAGGAAGGUUCUGUGUACACAGCAUGUCGCCAUGGCAGCAAAGCUGGAAUCAGUGAGAUGUUCGAGGGACAUCAAGGACCAAUUACUGGCAUUCAUUGCCAUUCAGCUGUUGGAGCAGUGGACUUCUCACAUCUUUUUGUCACUUCAUCAUUUGACUGGACAGUAAAACUUUGGACAACGAAGAAUAACAAGCCUUUGUACUCAUUUGAAGAUAAUUCAGACUAUGUUUAUGAUGUUAUGUGGUCACCCACUCACCCAGCCCUGUUUGCCUGUGUGGAUGGCAUGGGUAGGCUGGAUUUGUGGAAUCUCAAUAAUGACACAGAGGUGCCAACUGCAAGCAUUUCUGUGGAAGGUAAUCCUGCUCUUAAUCGUGUAAGAUGGACCCAUUCUGGAAGAGAGAUUGCCGUGGGUGAUUCUGAAGGACAGAUUGUUAUAUAUGAUGUGGGAGAGCAGAUUGCUGUCCCCCGAAAUGAUGAAUGGGCACGGUUUGGCCGAACACUUGCAGAAAUUAAUGCAAACCGAGCGGAUGCAGAGGAGGAAGCAGCUACCCGAAUACCUGCUUAGCUCCUGAAGAGAGAAUAUGUAGCCUUAGUGGAUUUGGGGAAGACUCGAAGUAGAUCCUAGAACUAUUUGCAUGCAUCUGUCUAAAUGAUAAUUAAAAGGAAAUUUCGUGGAUUAAACUAUGGAUUUAAUGCAGCAAGCAAGUCAUACAAAAUCCUUUUUUAUAUAACAUACAUCUUGUUUUGAAUUUGUGUCAUUUUUAAUACAGCUGAUUGACUUUACAGAAUGCAACCUUUUCUGAAUUCUUAUACACAGGUGUAUAUUUGGUAUUCUUUUGAUGUCUAGCUUAUAACACUAUAUACAGUUAUUUCUAAAGCACGGAUUAUGGUCUACAUAUUUUUAAAUAACCACCAUUCACUGUUAUACUGAUAAUGUGCUCACUAACCAUAAUAUGUAGGAACACUGUUUAUUUGUAGCUAUAGCAUGAAAACUAUCCAGUUCCAUUCUGAUAUUCUCUUUUUCUUUACAUUUCUUGUGAUAAGUGUCUAUAAAUAAAAACAAAUAUGCUUUA